AUGGGACUUUGUGGUGCAGUGGCCGUGCUGGCGCUCGCCGGCUUGGCUUGCGCGACCGUUGGCGACAAUGCCCUCGACGCGGGCGACCGGGUGGUUCUCGUCGCGCCGGUUCUAGCGCCCCCCAAGGACACCAAGACCCACGCCACUGACCGCUCCAGGCAGUUUCCUAUCUUAGUGCUCCUGGCGCCACAUUACCCGCCGACAAAUGGCCGCGAGCCCGCAGCGAAAUCCCUGGGUAUCAACCCUCAACCGAUUUACGUUCAGAAACUAGAAGAUCAGGAGCCAUCCAAACCAGUUCGGCAAAAUAGACAGAAGAGACAUCUUCUGAAGAAGAGUCUCUUUGGUCUUGGAGGUGGUGGGAUCUCGUUCGGCGGUGGCUUCGGAUACGGUGGAAAUGUGGGAUUUCAAGAGCCGGCAAAAACAAUCAUUGUGGUGAAAGAACAUGGCCAUGGUAGGGGAUUCGGUGGUAAUUAUGGCGGUUAUGGUGGCCAUCAAGGUGGUUACGGUAGCGGUGGCUACGGAAAUGGGGGCUACGGCAACGGCGGCGGAUAUGGGGGCGGAUUCGGUGGCGGGUAUGGGGGAGGCGGCGGCGGCGGAGGUGGCGGCGGUGGAGGAUUUGGCGGUGGCUACGGAGGUGGCUACGGAGGCGGUUACGGCGGCGGAUACGGCGGUGGUAACGGAGGCUAUGGAGGCAAUGGGGGCUUUGGAGGCAACGGUGGCUACGGAGUCAAUGGAGGACACGGUGGCGGCUACGGCCAACCCGUACACUCCGGCGGCGGCUGCGGUGGCGGCUGCGGCGGCGGCUAUGGCAACGGUGGCGGCGGCGCGACCGCGACAGCGUCUGCUACCGCCACGGCCACAGCUCACGCCGAUUCGUACGGAUACGGAAAACGAAAACGA